AUGCCGCGCGACUUCAGGCAGGAAUGGUCCCCUUUGCCACCAUUCCAGAGGGGCACAGCCCUGCCCCACAUGUUGUCCUCCGAGGCUGGACCUCGGAAGCCGCUUCCUCACUCGCGUGCUGGUGACUCAGCGUUAAGAGAUAACACUUCUCCCACCUACGGAGCUCAGCAGGUGAAGCUGGCCCUGGCCAUCUUUGAGAUCUGCCAGCUUGGCAACUUCUCCAUCCACAUGGCCCUGAGGAACCUGGGGCCGGCAGGGUCCAAGACCAGGAAGAUCGCAUUCCCCACCAAGAACCCCUUCACGUGGCUCUUCCCGCUGGUGUCCUGUCCCAACUACACCUACGAGGUCGGGUCCUGGAUCGGCUUCACCAUCAUGACACAGUGUCUCCCAGUGGCUCUCUUCUCCCUGGUGGGCUUCACCCAGAUGAUGACCAUCUUGUCCAAGGGCAAGCACCGAAGCUACCUGAAGGAGUUCCGCCACUACCCGCCCCUGCGCUCGCCCAUCGUCCCCUGCCUGCUCUGA